AUGUUCAUUGGUGUUUAUGAAAACAGCGAGAAUCGGCAAAUCCACGUCAUUUAUUGAAAAAUUUGUGAGAAGCGUGUUAUUGCUAUACGUAUUUAUUAAAAUUAUAAUACAAUAUGCCGUCAAAGACAAAUAAUAAAGAAACCCCAAUUGAGGUCAAAAUUAAUAAAUGGGACGGAUCGGCGGUCAAAAAUGCAUUAGAUGAUGCUGUUAAAGAUGUACUAACUGAAAAAUUUAACUACCAAGAAAGUUUCGCUUUAAUGGAUGGUCGUCUUGCAUUAUGUAGUGUUGCUGUUGGAGUUGCAAUGUUUGCCUUACUUUGGGAUUAUUUAAAUCCAUUUCCAAAAUCUAGACACGUUUUAAUUAUUUGUGUUAUAUCAUAUUUUGUAUUAAUGGGACUUCUUUCACUAUACACCACUUAUAAAGAAAAAGGAAUAUUUGUGGUAGCAGUUGAUAAAACUAAGAAUCUUGUAUGGGAGGCCAGCUCUUAUUUACAAAAAUAUGAUGAUAAAUAUAAUUUAAUAAUAAAUGUAACUGAUAAGAAAACAAAAUCAUUCCGUGCUGCAAGUUUCACAAAAUCGGUCGCCAACUUUAUUGAUCAGAAUGGUGUAGUAUUGAAUGAUCUCAUUGAAAAUGAAAUUACGAAGAUACAUAAUUCUGUACUGUCUGAAAAGAAAGACAAAUAAUAAAAAUAAUAAGAAAUUUUAA